AUGUUCUUCAUCGCCCACCGCGAGCGCGAGCUCACGAUGCACCCCUCCUUCUUCGACAGCGCCGCGACCGAAAAGAUCAAGGAACAACUGCACUCCGACCUCGAGGGCACGAUCGAGGGAACGCUCAUGAUCAUCCAGAUCAUAGAGAUUGACGAGAUCAGCGAGCCGAUGCUCGUGCCGGGGACGGGCAUGGCGAAGUACAACGUGUCGUAUCGGGCGCUGGUGUGGCGGCCUUUCCGGGGUGAGGUGGUGGAUGGGAUGGUGACGAACGUGGUGAACAAUGGCUUCUUCGUGGAUGUUGGUGGGAUGAAUGUGUUCGUGAGCAAAGCGAUGAUCCCGAACCAGCUCAAGUACACUGUCGAGGGCUCGACACCUUCCUUCACCGACAACUCAGAGCAAAUGAUCGAGAAGGGCAGCCAAGUACGGUUACGGAUCAAGGGUAUCCGAGGCGAGAUAGGUGCCAUGUUCGCGAUCGGCAGCAUCCGCGAGGAUUACCUGGGGUAA